GCUGUAUUGCCACGCCACGCUGUGUUAGCCUUAGCGUCGACUCAGAACGUUCUAGAGUGUGUACUGUUCAAUCCACAUACAUGCACGGAUAGCUUGUCAAGCUGACUUGUUACUUGUGACGAUAAAAGUAGAGGUUUUCUUAUAAGCUGCUUUUAAUAAGUGACUUCGUAUACUUUUUUCGCUGGCAAAACUUUUUAAGAACUUUUCAUAUAGGUCAUGUUGUCCGUCGCAAUACCAUUCCUCCAGGACCCCCUGAAAACGAAUGUGCAUUGGCUCGGGACAUUUGCAAAUGGCAAUGACACCUUCCAUGAAGAGAAUGCUCUUACAGCUAGUGCUGUUGUUGAAGGGAACACAUUGAACAAAGAUGUUCUUCACCCAGCCAGUGGGAUCAAACGUGAAUUACCCGAGGAAUUCCCUGAUGCCUCACCUGCUAAGAAGAAAAGGAAAAAGACUGUUGCAGUAUCUCAGCCAAAAAAUGCAGUAUGUGCUUUGAAUGAAUUACGGCCAGGAUUGGUUUAUACUACAGUAAAUAUGAGUGGUCCUGUUCAUGCACCUACUUUUACAGUACAAGUUCAGGUUAAUGGUCAAAGUUUUCAAGGUCAAGGCCGAUCAAAAAAAUUGGCAAAACAUGCUGCUGCAGAAGCUGCUCUUCGUUCAUUUGUACAGUUCAAAAAUGCUCCAGAAGCUCAACAGGCAAUGAACAUGCAUAUUUCUGAAUUUGAUUAUACAAGUGAUGUUAUGGAAACUGAACUAUCUUUGUUUAAUACGUUCCAUCCCGUGGAAGGAAGUGCUUCACCUGGGAAUUGUGGUGGUCCGGACAAAUUAUCAAAUGAGCAUUUAGAAAAAGCACAGAAUGGUUGUAUUCCUCCAAAAUCCCCUUCUCAGGCUAUAAUACGACGAAAUUUACCUCCUAUUCCUUGUGAUAAGAGCCCAGUAAUGUUGCUGAAUGAACUCCGAUCAGGCAUUAAAUUUGAAUGUGUUUCAGAGAGUGGUGAACAGUAUGCUAAGUUUACAAUGGUCGUUAAUAUUGAUGGUGAACGAUUUGAGGGAACGGGUCCAAGCAAAAAACUUGGGAAGGCUGCGGCAGCAAAGGCAGCCCUUGCAAAAUUGUACAAUAUGACUUUCACACCAUUUCCCAAUUCCCUGAAGCAAACAAGAUCUCUGUUGACUACUGGGACAGCCAAUGCCUCCCUGGAGCAGAUGACAUUGCCACAAGUGCUGGCAGAUCACAUAUCUAGGUUAGUAAUAAACAAAUUCACAUCUUUAAUAGAACGACAACCUAACCAUGCUCGACGAAAGGUACUGGCGGGAAUUGUGAUGACCACAGGACCACAGAUGGAAGACGCAAAAGUGAUUUGUGUUACAACUGGAACUAAAUGUGUAAAUGGUGAACAUAUGAGCGUAAAUGGUGCAGCACUUAAUGACACACAUGCUGAAAUUGUGGCACGCCGCUGUCUUUGUGACUUCCUCUUCGCACAACUGGAAUUACAUGCUGAUGAAAGCACAGCACAGGAUUCUAUCUUCAGUUUUAAUCCAGUGGGGUAUUAUCAACUGAAGGAAAACAUAAAAUUUCAUUUGUAUAUUAGCACAGCUCCAUGUGGUGAUGCAAGGAUAUUUUCUCCUCAUGAAGCAGUGUCUCAAGAUGACUCCCUGGAUAAACAUCCCAACAGAAGAGCUCGUGGUCAGCUUCGGACAAAAAUAGAGUCUGGAGAAGGUACUAUACCAGUUAAAUCAAGUGAUGGAAUUCAGACCUGGGAUGGUGUCUUGCAGGGACAGAGGCUUUUAACUAUGUCAUGUUCUGACAAAAUUGCGAGGUGGAAUGUUGUUGGUGUGCAGGGGGCUUUGCUAUCCCAUUUCAUGGAGCCUGUUUACCUAGAAAGUAUUGUACUUGGCAGCCUUUUUCACCCAAGUCACAUGUAUAGAGCUAUCUGUGGAAGAAUCGAAAGUACUAUACAAGGGUUGCCACCUCCGUAUAGAUUAAACAAACCUCUUAUGAGUCUUAUAACAUCACCUGAAGUUCGUCAACCUGGAAAAGCACCAAAUUAUAGUGUCAACUGGACUGUAGGUAUGGAAGGCCCAGAAAUAAUAAAUUCAGUAACUGGAAAGGAUGAGAGUGGAACAGCAUCAAGGCUUUCCAAGCAAUCUUUUUUUACUAGAUUCCUGAAUCUAGCUGGACGAAUAAAAGGCACAACAAAAAUGAACACUGUGAAGCAACCAGCAUUGUAUUCUGAUGCAAAGCUCGCUGUACGUGAAUAUCAGAUGGCAAAGGAGCAGUUGGUCCUUGCAUUUGUCAAGGCUGGCUUGGGAACGUGGCUUAAAAAGCCAAUUGAACAAGAUCAGUUUGAAGUGAAUGGGAGUUUAGAACAAAGUAAUGAAUGACUAAUAAGUAAGUUUCAUGGAGCCUGCAUUACAGGAUAGAGCAAUCAUUCAGCCCCCCAUUCCAAUGCAACAAGAGUUAUUAACAGUAAGAGGUUACUUGACGUCAGUAAAGGGCAGAGGCAGGAACACUGAGAUAUAAUUACUCUUGUGCAAGGACUAAAAAUGUACAGCAAGAUAGCUGUAUUUUUAACCAUUGGAAACCCACCUCACUGAACAUUUCUUGUCAGUAUGGUAAUAUCGUCAAAAGUCUCUAAGAUGACACCGUCUGUAAUUUUCAUUUACUUUUAUAAAAGUUUCACAAGGCUUAUUUUCAUUUUUUACAAUUUUUAAACUAUACAUUUAGUUCUGUUUAAAUGAACUAUUGAAAGACAAGUAACUGUACAAAACUGUUUUUCUGUGUUUGUGAAUGUUGUAGAUAACUGUGGUUAUUGGUAUGAUUUCAUGCCUCUGUUCAUAUAAUUGUGUACAUACUAUGGAAUGACAAGUAUUUGAAGAAGUUUAUUAUGACAGUGUAUAUAUAUUUUUGUAUACUAAUUAUUUUUAUUUUAUUUGUGCAUUAAAGCAGUACUUUAUAUACACACAUUUAAUGUUUUGCUGGAAAGUGAUUUUCAGCUUAUUUCCAUUGUCUUUAGUCAAGGACAUUCACAUUCUCAUCUACUUCAAUUACCCUCGGCACAUGCUUCAGUAGAUUUCUUACACUAACUGCUCAUGGCUGCCUUAUACUCAAAAGUUAUUGAAUUAGUAUCAUUUAGUUUUGUGAUAUUUCAGUAUAGGAGUGGUAGGUAAUACAGUUGUUCUAAAGGAUACCUUAAACAUUAGUAAUCUUCUGUACAACACAAUCUACCAAAAGUUCGCAUAUUACACUAAAUUACUUUAUAUCCUAUUCUACAAUUUCAAUUUUUGCACCUUUGUCUACGUUAAGCAAUUUCCACAACAACAGAUAAUUUUGUUAGUAAUUAUUCACUUCUAAAAUAAUUUAUAUGUAACCGUUGAAUUGCAUGAACUUGAAAUAGACUUGCACAAAUCUAACAAACUAAAAGAUCUAAAUGCCCUUCUCUCUCUCUCUCUCUCUCUCUCUCUCUCUCUCUCCCUCUCCCUCUCCCCCCCCCCCCCUUUUUUCCCACAUAACACGCUACUGCCUCUCUCUCUUUUUUCUUCUUCUUCUUCUUCUUCCUCCUCUCUUUUUUUUUUAAAUAACCAAAAUACAUUAUCUCUUGAUUUACAAUGCUAAGUUCUUGUGUCCUUGAUUUGACUGAUAAUGUAUGGUGUUGUGAUGUGCCAUAUUUGCACUAAUGGCAAUCUCAAUUUUAUUGAUAGGAUUUAAGCUGUAUAGCAGCAUUUCUUUCACUUUACAUGGUUAGGUGAGGAAGGUAUGUCAGCUCAGCGAGUGUUCACGUUUUUUAAAAGUCAUUUUAGAAAUGUAAUUUUUGUACUUUGUAAGAAUGAUGAAGGAUGUGUGAGUUUGUAUCACCAUAAGACUGAGUUACACUUCUCAGAAUAUUGCCAUUACUUUCAUUUAUGUCAGAAUUUGUGUUAAAUUAGUCCUAUUGUGCCCAUUAACUCACAUGUAGUUUUUGUUGCUGCCCUUUUUCUGAAUAUAUGGACUUGUACACAUGUCAUAUAGAAAGGAAAAUUGGAGGCACUGACAUUUCAUAUUGACGCUUUAUAUUUCACCUUAUGUACUUUAAGGCUUACAAGUCAGAUGGUAAGAUGGCUGUGAUGCAUUUAAAUAUUUAACAAUGCUUUCAAAGGAGUGAAGCCUAUCUCCGUAUUCCUAGUCAUGCCCCUCACUAUGCUCAAGUUUUAGUGGAACGGUGGGCUGAAUGUGUGCUCUAUUCUGUAAUACACAGACUCUGUGGAAAAUGGGAUGACUGUUAUUCAGCUUGGUUUUAUAAUUUAGAUUUCAUAUGUUUGGCAAAUAGAAAAUGUGAUUGACACAUAUUUUUAGGUACCAUUAAGUUUCUAUUUAACUUAUAAACUUGAAAGUACGUUAGAUGAGAUGACAAAAUAGAGGACAAGUUUAGGUAAUUGCUAAUGAAGUAGCUGUUCUCUGUACAGACGUAUCCACAUUUGGAAAAGAAGAUGCUUUUUAGUGUUUUAUACUAGGUCAACACAUGAAAUUUAUUGUUGCACAUUUUUAAAUAUUGUUAAAUCUAGAAGAGUGGGCCUGUCCUAGAGAUUCCGACCAAUGGUGAUUAAAAUGGAAAACUUCCUUCUCAGUUAAUUUAAUACUCCUGCAUUAGAAGAUAAUGUGGCUUAAGUUAAUCAUUUUGGCGAAUUUUGGCCUCUUACAGUAAGUAAUGCUGGUGCUUCAAAAUUUAACAUUGGACAUUACAGUUCUGGGGGAAGUAUCUGUAUACUGAGAAGUUGUUGACAUUUUGAGGACGAUUGUGUUAAAUAAUGUAAGAUAUGUGGUGUAAAAUUGUAGGCUAGCUCACAAGAAGCUCUAGUAAAAGCACUAUUGUUCAGUAGAUUGUGUUAAUAUGUUCUGAACAUUUCAGGUAAUUAAAGACCACAUCAACAUGCUGAAUAUUCAGUAUUUGACAAUUAUUGUUUUAUAAAGUUACAUAGCUUUCUUUCCCGUGUGAAUAAUGAUUGUUAUUCAAUCAAAUGUGAAAAAUGGUUUUCAUUGAGAAAAGAACAAAAGGACUUCAUAUUUUUUGCCUAGUUAAAACUGUUUGUGUGAAAUUCAGCUUUGCUUCACUGCAGUCAACUGUGUAUUCUCUGCAGUAUAUUUUUCUACUGUUUUUGUGCGUAUUGGAUUUUGUUGCAUUCCAUUAGUGAAUGUAAAUUGGAAAUUUACUACUUUGUUCAAUUCUUGUGUUAAACUUUUGCACAUGUUUUGCUUUGUGGAGAAUCAGUAUAAAUCACAGUGACAUGGGAAUAAAUGUUCAAUUACUCAUCUGACUUAGAUUCCCCUCUUCCUAUUUUCAGAUACCUUCCAAAUUACAAGCAGUUUUCAUACCAUUCCAGUUCAUAUUUAAUCUCUUGUCACAAUCCCCUAUAUUUUGGGUUUCUUCCUGUUUUCCACAAAAAGGCAAUUAGAAUGUAACUACACUUGGUUUUAAACUGGACAGAUAUAGAUAUAUUUUACUAUAACUAGUCUGGUAAUUGCAUUUAGUGAGUGUGUACGAUACAAGGUAAAACAAUAUUACAGAAAAGGUAUUUCUGUGCUAUCAGGCUUUAUAAUAAAAGAAUUCUGAAGUUGUUAUUGAGUGAUAGGAACACUUGGCAUUUUGCUUUUCAGUGACAUGUUAAAGGUGAAUCCAGGAAGUUAACCCUCGAGCGGGCACACUUGUGUAUGAAGUGCACCACCACAAAUAAAAUUGUUUUGCACUGUUAAAUUGUUGUUUCACAAUUGCGAGCUCAUACCUAUUCCUUCAUUAUUGCUUCAUUUAACAAAGUAGUAAAGUGUGUUGGCAUAUGGCCAAGUGAGCAGCAGUAGUAUAAAAUAAACAAGAAGCUAGGUCAGAAAAUAAUUCACAGUCUGCACAAGGUAAUGACCCAGGUUAUGAGCUAGCAGCACAAUCCCACAGUGAGGCAGUUGUUUAUGAGACACAUUAGUAAUUAAGUUAGUAGUUGGCUGAGAUCUUGUGCAGCUGCAAUGUUUAAUACUUCAAGUGGGUCAUUACUGGGAGGUAACACCUGUCCAUGGCAGCAGAGUAAUAUAAUGAAAGUACAUUUCAUCAUUGUUCCAUUAAACUGUGAUUUUUGUUACCUUGGAAACAUAAAGACAGCCACUCUUUAUGUGUGUGCAGUGCACUGCACACCAGCUUGAGGGUUAAACAGUUACAGAUGCCAACAUUGUGAUCAGUUAAAAUUGCAUACUGAGAUAUGCCAGUCAGAAAUGCUCAGUCCAGCAAAUGUGGCACUUUUGUGCUCGAUACUUGAAUUCAAUGUUGUGGAGUUGGUCUUCGCUAUAUUAAAACUGCAUUGUUGAGUAAUAAAGCAGACCUUUUUCUAAAAAAAAGCAUAGAAUACAAGUUAUCAUGAUCGACAAGCAGGUGUCUAAUUUUAUGUGAGAUGACUGUAAUAUUGUGUAGCAUGUUUGUACUCUUGAUAUAUUUUGGCACUGUUGAUAAAGUGAGUAAUAGUAAAGCUUACUUAUGCUCAGAACUUAGAAACUAAGAAAAAUGUACUUGAAAGGAAGAAAUGUAACCACUUCAAUAAAUCGUAAUAAAAGCAAAUUUUUGGUGAAGACA